AGUGACUCCGUGAGCUGCCCCAGUAGUCUCUAGUCAUCAUCCUGCCUUACAUCUACCACCAACUUUCAACGUUAUCAUCUGAUCAACAACUAUUUUGACUACCCUCAUCCGUCAGGAUGAAGAUGCAGGUUUUUUAUCUCCUGGUCAUUUACCUCGGGGCAACAACUGCACUAACAAGAAAGCAAGAAGCUGCUGAGCAGAAUCGUAGGAGAGUGGCUGGACCUGGAUUAAGGAGAUCACCAACAACAGCAGCUCCAAUCCAGGACGAUACCCUCUAUGAAUAUGAAGAAGUAGAACUGCCUCUGCAAUGUCCAGAACCAAAUGGAUACUUUCCUGAUCCCGAGCAGUGUGACAAGUAUUAUGAUUGCCGAGAUGGAAAGUUUGUUGAGAAACUUUGUCCAGAUGGAUUGGUUUUUAAUGACUUCAGUCCUCAGCAUGAAAAAUGUGAUCUUCCUUUCGGAAUUGAUUGCUCUAAACGACCUAAAAGACAACCACCACAACCCUCUCACCACUGUCCAAGGCUCCAUGGUUAUUUUGCUCACGAAGAUGCUCGAAUUUGUGACACCUUUUACUAUUGCGUAGAAGGCAAAUUCAACAUGAUUACAUGUCCUGCUGGUCUCGUCUUCUCCGAGAAAACUGGAAUUUGUAAUUGGCCUGAUGAAGCACAAAAGAAAGGCUGCGGUUCUCGAGAAUUAUUCAAUUUUACUUGUCCUAAAGUUAAUGAGACUGUAGCAGCCACUCAUCCAAGAUAUCCUGAUGUUGAAGAUUGUCAAUAUUUCUUUGUUUGUGUUAAUGGAGAAAUCCCCCGAAGAAGUGGUUGUAAACUUGGCCAAGCCUUUGACGAACGUACAAGCAAGUGUGAUUGGGCUAGAAAAAUCCCUGAAUGCAAAGAUUGGUACAAAGGUCAACUAACUGAUGAGGAAUUGGAUGCUCUUGAGAAUCCAGUCUUAAGGAUUAGAUCAGAAUCAAAUAGAAGAAAAGGCAGACCAACAACAGAGAGCACAAUAUAAAAAGUGGAUUGAAUGUAUAUAUGAAAGCUAUGAUAAUUUUCUUAAUUGUUAAACAAUUUUGUACAAUAAAAAUCCAUCAUAAAAUCUAUAA